AUGCUGCGCGAUCAUGGCGCCAAGUACACGCUAGUUGCGGACGAUGAGGCGCCCACUGAGAAGAUGGGAACACAUCGACGACUAGGCAAAGGCAUGGCCGUCCUUGUGGCCGUCGCACUGUGCGGUGUUGCAGCUGCUGUCACGCUCUUGACCGCCUUGAGGCGAGAUGUGGCUUUCGCACCGCUAAGCGAGGAGGUGAAUGGCUUCACAUUGACAACGUACCCGCCACUAGUGGAGGACGGCGGCGACCUCGUCGUGUCUUGGGAGGGGAAGGCGUCGCCCCCUCUAACCAGUCGAGACUACUUGACACUGAGCUGCGGUCCUACAACAGGAGACGGAGACUAUUUGUUGAAGAAAGGAGUGAAAGACACGGACGCUAACGACCACUCGGUCCGUUUUUCGGAGCUUUACAUGAUGAGGUGCAACUACACCGCUGUGUAUUUCAAUUAUGACGAGAAGACGGACAAGUUCAAGCGUAUUGCCAAGGUGGAGGCAGGCAUGAAGGAGCCCUUCGAGACGCCUAAGCACGGUCACUUGAGUCUGACAGAUGAUGAGACAUCGAUGGCUAUCCUGUUCAACUCAGGGUCCUCGAAGACGCCUAUGGUCAAGUACGGGGAGAACCCGCAGGCUCUUAAAUUCCAUGCGACGGGAACGACGACGACCUACGGAGCUAAGGACUUAUGUCACGAACCAGCGAAUGUUCUUGGCCAGCGAGCGUUCCGUGAUCCUGGGUUCAUGCACACGGUCAUCAUGACGGACUUGGAGCCGGACACGUACUACUACUACCAAUACGGCCAUGAAGAACAUGGUCUGAGCCAUGUGCGACGAUUCAAGUCGCGGCCACCGAAGAGUACCAAGUACGCGAACUUUAUUGCGUAUGCCGACAUGGGUGCGUACGUUGAGCCAGGCUCCGCGUCAACUGCUGGGAGAGUCUACGAGGAUGUGAUGGGAGGAGGAUACGACUCCUUUUUACUGCACUUUGGCGAUAUCAGCUAUGCUCGAUCGGUUGGAUACAUUUGGGACCAAUUCUUCCACUUGAUUGAGCCCUACGCGACCAGGCUACCGUACAUGGUGGGCAUCGGAAAUCAUGAGUACGACUACAAUAGAGGUGGAAAGCGUGAUCUGAGUGGCGGUAUGCUGCCGUAUGGGGGCAGCUUUAACCCGGCGUGGGGCAACUUCGGUAUUGAUUCGGCAGGAGAGUGUGGAGUGCCAAUGCACCAUCGCUGGCACGCCCCCAAGACUGGAAACUGGAUUUACUGGUACUCCUUCGACUACGGUGGCGUUCACGUCAUUCAAAUGUCGACUGAGCACAACUGGACACGAGGAUCCGAGCAGUAUGAAUGGCUUCAGCGCGAUUUGGAGCAGGUGGACCGCAGCGUCACCCCAUGGGUGGUGCUCACAGCUCAUCGCAUGAUGUACACGACUCAGAUGAACAUUGAGUCCGAUAUGAAGGUUUCCUACAAGUUCCAAGAGGAAGUCGAGGAUUUGAUUUACGAGCACCGUGUGAAUUUGAUGAUGGUUGGCCACGAACACGCAUACGAGCGAAGUUGUCCAUUGUAUCGCAAAGAAUGCGUUGCUGAUGGGAAGGGAACCGUGCAUAUUGUGGUAGGCUCUGCUGGCUAUCCACUGGGCACGGAGGACUUCUCUGACAAGUACGGGAAGUGGAGUCUUCGUCACGUCAACGACUACGGGUAUCUGCGUAUUGCCUCGAGCCCGGAAGACAUGCGCGUCCAGUUCGUGCUGAACAAGAACGGCAACGUGUAUGACGAGUUCGUGAUCGCGCCCUGGGAGGACUAA